CAAUAAUGAUGGUCGAUGAAAAUCGUACGGGUACUGUUAGCUCAGUUGAUUGCCUUUAUCUAUUUUAAACAGUACUGUUUUUUUUGCUUAUUCAAAUGAAUAAAAUAUUACUGGCCGGUUUGGCGCUGUUUAGUUUAAAUAUCGCUAAUUGUGAAUCAACCAUUUUUCAUGUCCAAGACCAAAAAAAUACCCGAUCAUGUUUAUGGAUAAUCAUAAGGCAAAGGCCUCCAUUACCACCUCCACCGCCUCCGCCUGAUUCUAACAAUACAGCAGGUCAAACUCCUCCAGUUAUUACCCCAAAUAUGGCGCCGGCCUCCACAAAUGCAGCACCUCCUAGUCCAGCGCCUGCGACAUCCAGUAGUACUACAUCCCCAGCUGGCUCAUCUGAAGCACCACCUGCAACAGCCAGUGCUGCUGCAUCUGCAACAACAGCCAGUACUGCUGCAUCUGCAACAACAGCCAGUACUGCUGCACCUGAAACGAGCUCUGCAGCUCAAGCUCAAGCAGAAGAAACUACACCUUCAGCUAAGUAAUCAUUUUAAGAAAGGGGUUGAAUCGUUUUUAGUAAUAGGUGAUAAGUUUUAUAAUUAUUUAAUAUACCGGUAAUGUUUCGUGUUGAAUUUAAUUAAGUAGGUGUUUUAUGAACAAUAUAUUUAUGUAAUUU